UCAGUUAUUCUCAAAAGUCGGUUUUGUUACAUUAUUUUCCUGCUCAGACCAAAAGGAAGAAGAGAGAGUCAGUGAAAAUGGGGGAAAUUGCGAAGGAUACAGAAGCUACGGAAGCCGUAGAACUUUCUGACCCAUCGGAAGAAGGGCCCGAGAGAGAAAAUGUUGAGGCUGAAAAGGAGGCGACCACUGCGAGGGGUGGGAAAAUGUUGGGCACCAUGAAGGACAAAUUGUUUGAGUUCAGAAGGGCUGUGGAGGGUCGAUGGGUGGCAUACUUUGGUGGUGGCAAUUUGGAAAGAACCAGAGUCUACCAUGUUUGGCCUGGGAAAAAUGUGUUUUUCUUUCAUGGGAGGCUCAUAUGUGGUCCGGAUCCAAGAGGGUUGGUGCUGACAACUUUUUCUAUUCUUCUUUCAAGUUGGAUUUUCACCAUCAAUGUUGCGGAGGUUCUACCAAGUCAUUCUAGACUCAUAGUCACCAUCUCCUUGAUUUUGACCAUUAUUGUUCUUUCCAAUCUGAUUCUGGUUAGCUCAAUUGAUCCGGGAAUUAUUCCAAGAAAUGAUCAAGAAUCCACUGAAGAUGUUGGCACUAGUAAUGGCACAAAGAGGAGGAGGGUAACUGUUAAUGGGGUGCAAAAGAAACUAAAAUACUGUCGGAUUUGCAAGAUUUAUCGUCCACCCAGGACUUGCCACUGUGCUGUAUGCGAUAACUGUGUCGAGAAAUUUGAUCACCAUUGCCCCUGGAUUGGUCAAUGCAUUGCACUGAGGAACCAUCUGUAUUACCUGACAUUUGUGGUAUCAGCCUUGGUUUUCUUUACUUACAUAUUUGCCUUAUCCUGCUGGAGAAUCCACCAAAUAAUAAAGAGAAAUGGAACUGGGUUUGUUGGGAUGCUCAAGAGUUGUCCUGAAGCAGUGGCAUUGGUGUCUUUUAGUUUUGUUGCCAUUGGGUUGCUAGGUGGUCUUGCUAUGUACCAUGUGUACCUAACGGCUAUAAACCAGACAGCUUAUGAGCAUUUUCGGCAGCGGUAUGUGGUUUCUAAAAAUCCAUACAAUAAAGGAAUAAUAAAUAACAUUAUGGAGGUUUUAUUUGUACCACUGCCACCUUCUAGAGUUGAUUUUCGUGCUGAAGUUGCACCAAGAAAGUUUUCAACAGUUCAAGACAAGUCUGAUCAGAAACUGAAAGUUGAUACUCAAUCUCCUGGGUGGCACACGAAAUUGACCAAAGUAUUGAAGAAUAUUAGAGGAAUAUCUUACCGUAUUGAUAUACAAGAAGGGGUUGCACAUGUUAAUGGUAGAAUAGAUCCAAAAAACCUUCUGAAGAAGCUACAAAAAGCAGGGAGAGUGGCAGAACUCAUGGAAGUUCAUUCUGCUGAUCGCUAUGGGACCAUGUAUGGCCAUGAUUAUCAUCAUGAUCUGUAUUUCAAUGACCAUCCCUGUUAUGGUCAUUAUGGAAGAUCAGAGCCUUCAUAUCAUCAGUAUCCUUAUUAUCACACGUAUAAAUCCCGGCCGAGCCAGUACGAACCUUAUUACUAUGAGCCACGUUACUAUGGCCGGCCGCCGGCACGGCAUCCGUACUACCCGUAUGAGCCUCCGGCACAAUGCUUCCCGCAGCCACCAUCGCCGGUGAAGGUCCAUCCCUUCUAUGAUCCACACUACUCAUGCUCCAUUAUGUAA